CUUUCUUUAGUUUUUUCUCUGUAUUUAUUAAUUAAGUUCCUUAUAUAACCUCACAUUAGGUUUUGACUUUAUAAUAAAAACAGAGCUAUCAUCCGGAUCAAAAUUUUCUCACAUGGAUAAAAGAAACAAGAUCAAACCUAUUGAAACAAAAGAGUAUCCAAAAGUGAAAGUGAGGAUGAUGAUUUCUGCUCACAUAAGGAGAAGAAUUGCUUAAUGUUGCUGAAAGUUUUUGAAACUCUCUCAUUACAAGUUCAAGCUUCACCUGGAAAAGAACUAGAAAACGAUAUUCCCCCAUCAGUUGCAAGGGUUCCGAAGUUAUACAGCCCAGUCUUAGCAGCUCCAUCAACUUCUUCUUCUAAAGCAGGGGAACAGAAGCAUGAGAAACAAAUAGAGGAAGAUACCAAAAGCAACAAUGAGGCAAGUUCAGUUCUACGGCCUCGUGCUGUCUUAUCUAGUCCAGAUAAUGAUGGCAUGAUCGGACAUAUCAACCGGUUAUCCAGAGUGCUACCAUCAGUUAUGAAAAAGAAAGAUCUGGGCGAAAAAACUUGUGUGCCAGGUAAGGUUAAUCCGAGGUGCGUGAAGGCUAAAAGUCCCGUAAACACGAGACGGAAGUCCAAGGAGACUUCUGAAACUAAGGUUUUCUUGAACAUAACAAGAAGUCCAGACUUAACUGCUCCAAAGCAGAAAUCUGGUCCUAGAAAAGUGAAGGCAAGUUCCUGACAGUAGCCCAGACUUAACUGCUCCAAAGCAGAAAUCUGGUCCUAGAAAAGUGAAGGCAAGUUCCCGACAGUUUUUGUUAUUACUGAUAGGUGCUUGUUUUCUCUUGCAUACUCUGUGAUAUAUACUAGAAAGGGGCGUUUUCCUUUUUAUGAUUUGUAACAGAACAUCAUUGUGCUGUUAGACAUGGAAAACUCUCUACAUCCGAGUUAUAUGGUA